GUUUCCCACUCCUGCGCCAUGAACAUCCUGCUCUGGGACCUCCUGCUGCUCAGCCUCUUCCCCAGCGUGCUCAGCAGCUGCCAGAGGGACUGCCUGACCUGCAGGGAGAGGCUCGGCCCGGCCCUGGACAGCUUCGACCUCGAGGUGUGUAUCCUUGAGUGUGAAGAGAAGGUCUUCCCAAGCCCUCUCCUGACGCCAUGCACCAAGGUCCUGGCCAGGAGGUCCUGGCAGCUCAGCCCUACUGACCCAGAGGAUGAGGCUACGACUCUUUACCAGCCGAGAGCGUCUGAGAUGCAGAACCUCAAGCGCAUGCCCCGAGUCAGGAGCCUGAUGCAAGAACAGGAAAGCACGCAGCCUGCCCCAGAGGAGGCCGGAGAGAUGGAGCAGAAGCAGCUGCAGAAGAGGUUUGGUGGUUUCACCGGGGCCCGGAAGUCUGCCCGGAAGUUGGCCAACCAGAAGCGGUUUAGUGAGUUUAUGAGGCAGUACCUCGUCCUGAGCCUGCAGUCCAGCCAGCGCCGGCGCACCCUGCACCAGAAUGGUAAUGUGUAGCCGGGAAGGGGAGCCCCUCCCAGCUGCACCGUCCACUUCAACCCAUGAGUGUCCGGGCGAUCCCCAAAACAGCAUGUCUCCAGCCCCAGACCUGCCGGCAGGGAAUCAAGAGCCCUUCCUCCCUAAGGCACUGAUCAUCCGCAGGCACUGCGGCUCUGCCUCCAGGUCUCCGCUCCCGGGGAGAAGCCCCCCAUCUGGCUGUACCCACCGUCUUCCCCAUGGCAUGUUCCACCACACCCGUUGCUACAUCAGAGUGUAUUUUUGUAAUUCCUCCAGCUAACAUUUAAAUGGCCCCAGCUUCCUUCUGCCCUGCCUCUUCCCUCUCCUAGGGGCAGGUUAAAGGAAUCAGACCAAUCAAAUACAAGCCGGGGGUUGACUUGUCACUGCCAUAACUUGUUUGUAAGAGAGUUGUUCUUUCUGACUGAAUGUUUUCAACAAAUAUUUCUCCAUUAAACUUCUGAGCAAAUGGUU